CCCUGAAACUGACGUUUGUUUUUUUUUCUCUAACCUUAAAUCUGCGAUGUUUUGAUCGAUUUUUAUUGUAAAUGUGAUAAAAAAUUACAGAAUAUGAUUGUUGUAAAUUAAAAAAAAAAUUUAAUUAUUAUUUCAAAAUGACACGCUGUGAAAUAAAUGAAAUAUUUCGCGGUAAAAUUGCAGCAGUACAAAAUUAUGGAGCUUUUGUCGAAAUUCCUGGAUGUAAACAACAAGGAUUAGUACAUAAAUCACAGGUGAGUUCAACGUGGGUUGAUGAUGUGUCAGAAGUAUUAAAACGCGGGGAACCUGUGUGGUGUAAAAUAAUAUCAAUUGGUGAUGAUGGAAAAAUCGGAUUAUCAAUGAAAUUUGUCAAUCAGGGCAAUGGUGCUGAUUUGGAUCCAAAUGGAGUAGAACAGCAACGCGAUGAGCAGAAAAAAAAACCGUUUCCGCAACAGAGGAAAGCUAUUGAACUUGAAGCUGUUUUGAAUUCAAUAUGCAAGAGAUGUAAAUUAAAGGGUCAUUUCGAGCAUGAUUGUUUUUCAUCACUCGAUGGUAAAAAGUAUGACUUGAUACCGGAGAUUGAAGAUGAUCCGCCUGUAGAGGCUCAGCAGACGCCGGUACCGCAGCAAUUACCUGACGAGGACAAAUUACUGAAAGCUGACAAGAAAUCAAAACCCAAAAAGUUGAAGAAGAAAAAAAGUAAAAAAAAACGGUCGGUUAGCAGCAGCUCGGAUGACAGUUCUUAUGAAGAGGAAAAAAAGCAUAAGAAGAAAAAGAAGAAACACUCGAAGCAGAAGAAGAGAAAACACAGUGAGAGUUCUAGCGAUGAUUCGAGUGAUGACGUUCAUCGUGAAAAACAUUCGAAGAAAUGUAAACACUCUAGGUCUAAGCAUUCUGAUUAAUUUAAAAUUUUUAUAAUUUGUAAUCUUAAGAUUUGCGAUACGAUAAUUUGUAUCGUAUAUAUUUAAUUAAUAAUAAAUAAGUGCAUUUACUUUAUAAAGUUUUUUAAUACUUACC